AUGCAGCACCCAAGGCACACUUCGUUGCCUGUCCCUCGGGCGGGCUGGCGGGGCGGCUCUGCCCGGCGGAGGGAACGUGAGUGGAACCCGAGUCGUUCGAUUCGCUUUGAGAGCCAGAGGAUAGUGCUGGGGUCACCUGUCGUGAGGGAGAAUGGGGGAGAGAUGCAAGGAAACAGGGCUUUCCGAUGUCGGGGCAGGAAAACUUGGGACAUAAUCAACAUUUCCUUUCGCCUCCUUCGGGUUUGGGACACAUCUUGGCAAGACAGCCCAUCUUCAUUUUUUCGGUUUUGUCUCGUUAACAAGAACCAAACCAAAGCGAAGAGACCGCUCCGAUCGCGGUCCCGGGGCGCGGAGCGGGCGCUGUGGGCGCGGCGGCGAAGGCAGCCCCGGCCCGGCGUGGGCGUGUCGGCGGGCGGCGCUGCCCGGCCCGCGGAUCGUGGAUUGGGCCACGGCUCGGCGCCGGCGCCCGCCAGCAAGGACCUGAAAUUCGGCAUCGACCGCAUUUUAUCGGCGGAGUUUGACCCCAAAGUCAAGGAAGGCAACACGCUGAGAGAUCUGACCUCCUUAUUAACUACGAGCCGCCAAACUGGGGUUCAUCUCCCCAACUUGCAGCCUUCCGCCGGCCAGUUCUUCGCGUCUCUAGACCCUAUUAACGAGGCCUCUGCUAUCCUGGGUCCCUUAAACACAAACCCAAGGAGCUCAGUGCAGCAUCAGUUUCAAGACACUUUUCCAGGUCCGUACGCAGUUCUAACCAAGGACACGCUGCCCCAGACGUACAAGAGGAAACGUUCCUGGUCCAGGGCUGUUUUUUCCAACCUGCAGAGGAAAGGUUUAGAAAAACGGUUCGAAAUCCAGAAGUAUGUCACCAAACCGGACAGGAAGCAACUGGCGGCGAUGCUGGGGCUGACAGAUGCUCAA